AAAAAAAGAUUUGCUGGCAUUUUAACGUGCCACUUGGCAUUUAACUGACGGAAGGACCAUUUUAGUACCAAAAGUGAAAGUUCAAGGAUAAUUUUGGUACUUUUUAAAGGUGAAGGACAAUUUUGGUACCAAAGUGUAAAGUUGAGGGACUAAAAUGGUACUUAAACCUAAAAUUAUCUACUUUGUAAUCAUGUAUGCAGAGAGUAUCAAGAUGGAAGAUGAUUAAUAUAUUGCAGAAUGCAAAAUCAAAUAUAUGCAUGGAACAAUGCAGAGCUCCUGGAAGUGAAGCAUUACCUAAAGGAAUUGUUGCAGAAACAUCUAACUUGGAGAUGCGACCUUUAUGGAGUUACUCUAUGGAAAAUGUCGAUUCAAAGAAAUCUAAGAGCUGUUGGAUUUAAGCAAAAAGACAUUGUGGAUGAAAUUGUUAAAAAGCUUCCUUCUAGUGAUUUUGUUGUGACGCUUUUUCAUGACGAUGGUGCUGUGGAUGAAUGGAGUGAUUUGGACUGGAGCAACAAAGCCAUACAUGUGUCUGCAGUAAAUAAAAAAAAAAAAAGGUGGUUUGCUGAACGUUUCUUCCAUUCAGACAUUGUUGCUGAAUACAAACAGAUAUUCCUUUGGGAUGAGGACCUUGGAGCAGAGCAUUUUAAUCUAAAACGUUAAGGCAUAACCAUGUUCUGCACUGAGGGCUGUCAAUGGGAUUUGAUGUUCCCUAAAGUUAAAGUUUGGGAGAAGAUUGAUAGAGUCUCCUUGUGGUUCAUUUUCACUGUUACUUUUCCUUCUGGACAAACUACGGAUUCCAAUCUUGAACGCGAAACAUAUCAUAUCUCUUGCAGAUACUUGAACUAUUGUUGAAGAUGAAGGACUUGAGAUAUCACAACCAGCGCUAGAUCCUAGGCCGUCCCCUGCUACUGGAUUAGAAGGGAUUACAUUAAUAGAAUCCAGAAAACAUC